AGAGCAUUUGUUUAAAGAGUAUUAUUAUUUCAAAUACACAUAAUACAUUUCAUUAAAAUGAACAAUGACAUUGAAAUGACUGGCGAUAACAUAGAGAAAGUUGCUAUUUUAGAUGCUGGAGCUCAAUAUGGAAAAGUGAUUGAUCGUCGUGUGCGAGAGCUAUUUAUUCAUUCAGUUAUUCUUCCACUUAACUCAAGUCCAGCACAUUUAAAAAAACUUAAUGUCAAGGCUGUGAUAAUUUCUGGUGGGCCAGGAAGUGUUUUUGAGGAAAAUGCUCCGAAUUGGGAUGCCUCAAUAUUGAACUCUGGAAUACCAAUUUUAGGAAUAUGCUAUGGAAUGCAGCUGAUAAAUAGAGAUACUGGUGGUAGAGUUGUAUCAGGUGAAGUCAGGGAAGAUGGACAAUUUCGAGUCAAGAUUGAGAAAUCUCUUUUAUAUGAAGGACUUGCAGAAGAGGAGAACUUUUUACUUACACACAAAGACAUAUGUGUAGAAAUAGCUCCAGAAUAUCGUCAAAAUGCUUCACAUGGGAACAUUUGCGUUGGUAUUGAAAAUGAAGCUAAAAAAAUUUAUGGCGUGCAAUUUCAUCCUGAAGUUGAUUUAUCUACCAAUGGAAAAAUUGUUAUUUUCAAUUUUUUAACAAAAAUAGCAGGUUGCACACAGAACUUUACUUUACAAUGUCGUCAAACUAGCUGUAUGAAUGAAAUCAGAGAGGCUGUAGGCAAAAAUAAUGUGUUAUCUUUAGUAAGUGGGGGUGUUGAUUCUACUGUGUGUACAAUUCUUUUGCAAAAAGCUAUUGGUGUUGAGAGGGUUAUUGCUGUGCACAUUGAUAAUGGGUUUUUACGCAAAGAUGAAAGUGAAAAAGUAAAGCAAUUAUAUGAAUAUCAUGGUUUAAAGCUUCACGUAUAUAAUGAAAAACAUCACUUUUUACAUUCUUCAACAAGAAUUCCUAAAAAGACAGAAACUGGUACAGUGAAUAUUCAAGUUGGACCAUUGCAUAGUGUAACUGAUCCUGAGGAGAAACGAAAGAUUAUUGGAGACACUUUUAUAGAAGUAUGUGAAAGAAUAUUAAAUGAUUUAAAACUGGAUCCUGAAACUACUUUAUUGGCUCAAGGGACUUUGAGACCAGAUUUAAUUGAAAGUGCAUCACAUUUGGCAAGUGGUAAUGCUUGCACAAUUAAAACUCAUCAUAAUGAUACCAACAUGGUCAGACAACUCAGAGAGAAAGGUCGUAUUGUCGAGCCGCUAAAGGAUUUUCAUAAGGAUGAAGUGCGUGCGUUGGGUCGACAGCUCGGAGUGCCUCAUGCACUAGUUAAUCGACAUCCCUUUCCAGGUCCUGGUCUAGCUAUCAGAGUACUAUGUGCUGAAGAAACUUUUAUGUGUAAAAACUUUUCAGAGAUCAACAAUAUUUUAAAUUUUACUGUUAAUUUUUCAAAUGCUCUUAAAAAACCUCAUCCUUUGUUGAACCGAAUUCUAAAUGGUUUACCCCUUGUUGACAUUGAAAUGUUGAAGGAAGUUAGUUCUCGAUGUUCAUUUUCAUCUAUUUUAUUGCCAAUAAAAACAGUUGGUGUUCAAGGUGAUGUUAGAACCUAUAGUUACGUUGCAGCACUAUCAUCAGAUGAUGAGUAUCCAUGUUGGGAAUCAUUAAUGAAACUUGCAAAGGUUAUUCCAAGAGUAUGUGCAGUUAACAGAGUUGUUUACGUAUUCGGAGGAACUAUCAAGUAUCCAGUGAAUGAAAUAACAUAUACUACAUUGACAGAACCAGUUUUAGAAACCCUUAGACAGGCGGAUUAUUUAGUCAAUGAAACAAUAUUUGAACAUGGUUUGGUUGAAAAGAUAACUCAAAUGCCUAUAAUUUUAAUACCUGUUCAUUUUGAUGUUGAUCCAGUAUCACGUAAUCCAGUGUGCCAGCGUUCAAUUGUGAUUAGACCAUUUAUCACCAAUGAUUUUAUGACUGGUUUUGCUGCUCAGCCAGGAAAAGAUAUUCCUAUUAAGGUUUUACAAGAGAUAGUUCGCAAAAUAAAUACUGUACCAGGUAUAUCAAGAGUCUUGUACGAUCUUACGUCAAAACCUCCUGGAACUGUUGAAUGGGAAUAAUAUUUUUUAUUUAUGUGCUUAUUUCAAAACCUAAUCUACAAUCCUUUAUUAUUUUAAUGUUCACAUGCUUUUUACUUUAUUUUGACAUUCUGAAAAUGUUUUUUAUAUAAUUCUGUUAAAAAGUUUUAUAGAAUUUUAGAAAGAAAAAAUUACAAAAAAUUUAUUACUUAAAAUUUUAUUAACUUAUUUGUUUUAAUGAGUGUCAAGUUUAACUUUUUUUGACUAGGGUACCUAUAUAAGCUUUUUAUUUUAUUCUAACAUUCUGACAACCUAUGUUACAUUAUUAUUAAUAUUUUACUCUCAAAUUCUCUUACGAACCUAUUGAGACGUUUGAUAUGAGUUUACGAACAUAUUCUGACGUUCCGAUGUGAGCCUACAAACCUAUUGUGACGUUGCGAUGUGAGCUUUUAAAUUUUUUAAUAUCAUUUUUAAAUACAGUUUUAUACAAACUUUUAAAGUUUUAUAUUUUUGACCUAACUUUUACACUGUAUCAUGGGAAAAUCUUCACUGUUAUCGUAGCUUUUAAAUACCGAUUUUUUGUCAAAAUUUGAAAUAUGUCGAUGAAUUUUAAACUAGUUCAUGAUAUUAUAGAAA